ACGUACUGGACAGGCAGACACGCGCAAUGAUAGCCGGAAGCAUCGAUAGGGUGAAAAUAGAAAUCGAUAAAAUUCAGUGUAGUUCCUAAGUACAAAGCUUGCACGGACUGCCUUUUCCACGAAAGUUAGCUCGAUAAAUUGCAACCCUCUCGACGUGGCGGUGGAGGAAAUGCUGUGGAGACAGAAGGCUGUUUCGUUUUUUCAAGUUACUCGGUGGGGGUUGAGCUGACGUGGGGAGAAGUUCGAGUGCCAAAGAGCAGAUAAACAAACAUAAACAACCAGCGGAUCAGCUGAGAGACUGUCCGAACGGGGGCUAUUACCAGGGGAGACAGUGAAAAUGUCAGCGAGAGCAAUUCGUGAAUAGAGUUUUGGACCCAAGAAUGUAUCAAAGAGUGUCGUAACGUUGUUGUGUAUGCCCCCACGCUAUAUGCCAACAGUAGCACAAAGAAGAAAAAUACAACGCGAGGACAACAUUGUGCUGUGUUCCUGUCGCCUAGUCAAGAUAAAACAGUACUGUCAACGUUAAACUUGACAUGUGCGAAUGAUUUCACUGUUUAUGCUUCUACAGUUACAAAACAAAUAGCUCGCCUUAGCCCAUUAAAACCCUUACAAGGUAGUAAACGCUGCGCGGAUAGAGGUGUCAAAAGUGGGAUAGCCAUGGCCCACCAUUCAACGCCCAGUUCCCAGAAGGCCCUGAUGAUGGAGCUCAAGUCCCUGCAGGAGCAGCCAGUGGAGGGCUUCCGCAUCGGCCUAGUAGAAGAGUCGGACCUCUACAACUGGGAGGUGGCCAUCUUUGGCCCCCCCAACACACUGUAUGAAGGAGGCUACUUUAAGUCUCACAUCAAGUUCCCCAUCGACUACCCAUACUCCCCACCGACCUUCCGGUUCCUCACCAAGAUGUGGCAUCCCAACAUCUACGAGAACGGCGACGUGUGCAUCUCCAUCCUCCACCCUCCCGUCGACGAUCCCCAGAGUGGGGAACUCCCGUCGGAGAGGUGGAACCCGACGCAGAACGUCAGGACCAUCUUGCUGAGUGUUAUCUCCCUCCUGAACGAGCCCAAUACCUUUUCACCGGCCAACGUGGACGCCUCGGUUAUGUUCCGCAAGUGGAGGGACAGCAAGGGCAAGGACAAAGAAUACGCCGAAAUUAUCAGGAAGCAGGUGGUGUCAACUGUGGCGGACGCGGAGCGUGACGGCGUCAAGGUUCCCACCACGCUAGCAGAGUACUGCGUCCAGACGCGCGUUCCCUCGCAGGACAGCAGCUCUGACCUGCUCUACGACGACCUCUACGACGACGACAUGGAGGAGGAGGAGGAAGAGGACGAAGAGGAGGAGGAAAGCGACUUGGAGUCAGGGGGAGAGGCGGGGGUGACCAGCGGGGGAGAAGGAGGGCUCACUACUCGUUGCUAUAACGACGACCAGGAAGAUUCUGGGAACGAGGACUCUUGAUCACGUUGGACACCCAAAUGCGUCGCCCCCCCACCCUGCCACAGCCAAGCCCUCUACUGAAUCUGUUAAGCCUUGAACACCCAUAAAACAAAUACACCUACACCUAGUACAUUGAUAUUAAUCUAACUGCACAAAUAGGACCAAAUUCAUCAGAGUAGAUUUCAGUAUGAGGCCAUUUCAGUAACUAUAAUAGUUUAAAAUUAAAACAUUUUAUUCGCAUAAAGAUUGAUUUGGAAAAUUUUACAGUUUUCCUUCAAGUCGUACAUUGCUGCAUGGUUUUGAUUUCCUUCCGGGAUGAUCAUGUAGCUAGCGCUUUCAUCCCUGGUCUGACGAUAGAACACGAGCCAAUGUAAAAUCCCGCGGGAGUUUGCUUUUCAAUGUGCAGAUAAUGUCUGCCUUGUUUUCUAAAAUCUAGUGUAAUAUCUGCAGUGGAUCCAGGAAUGGAGCUACAUAUGACAAGAAUGCCGCUAACUGGACUGGUACUGUAGCAGCUGAAGUAUGAAUUGGCUUUCAGUUCUGUUCACCAGCGCGCUACGUUUAAUCAUUUCAUUAAAUGUAUUUUCUUUUAAGGAUGUUCUGGGCUUAAGUAACUUUUCUUAUUUUUUUUUAAACAAAUUCUCCAAACCUGGUCACCUCUGGGUCCCUUUACACUUUGGCCGUGUCUCGUAUUCAACUGUUGGCUGGGUGGGUGACUGUCCAUCCAUCUGGGUAUCUGGCUUUGUCUGUCUGUCUUUUAGGACGGCUUAACCUGUGUUUUGUUGGUCCAUCUGGCGGAGUCAUCAGGUUGUCCCUCCUGUGCCCCCCCCACAUGCCCCCCCCCCCCCCCCAAUUGCCUCGUCGUCUGCCAUUCGGUCUCCGCUGUCCUGUAUGUGUGUUUGCCUACUGUUAUGGCGGUCAACUUGAACCUACAAUAACAACCUGUGCCCUUAACCGACCCCACCUUCAGCUCACGCCUGUUAAAUCACUCAUUAGGCACCUAAUGGCAGAAAACUGCAGUUGCCCGAAAAAGAAAUGCCUGUUUUGGCUUUUCCGCAGCCAACCUUUGCGCUGCCGUGUUCGUUUGUGAUUGGAACUGAUUACGGGGCGCUGAGAGAAGACCUGCACCUGAACAGAACCUGGAGUGUUGUAUCCUUCCUCCUUUUCUCUCCAUCUUUCCUCCUCCGGCCUCUAUCCAUCCUUCCCUUGCCUCCAAACCUCAGGGCCUCCAUUGACUCUGGCUGGGAUCGAACCAGGGAUGUAGUGGAGGAUGAACGGCACGCUGCCUGGAAAGCGACGUUAGCCUUGGCACGCACUCAUUCAGUGUUUACCCACCUGUUUUUUUUUUUUUGCUACUUCGUCCCUGGAGAGAACUCCUACUCAAAGUGCUCCUCUGCUUUAUUGUUUUGAUGGGGGUAUUGUUGUUGUUUUGUGGUAUGUUUGUGUUUACAGAAAGAACUUCAACUCUCCAACAGCACUAUCAAUCCCUUGUCUGUCUUUCUCCCCACUUCUUUCAUGGAUUCAGUUGUUAAGUUGCUUAUUUUUUCCCAAUCUCAUUGCAGUUGUUUGCCCGUUUUUCCAACAGCAGUGUUUCACAAAAAACAGACAAGUCUUCUCAUCGCACAGAGCUGAUAUGAUUUCUUGGAAGUUAAUUGUCUCUCCUGAAGUUAAAGUAUGCAAGCAAGACAGUUGGACAAUGCGGGAAGAAAGUUGAAUGUGUAUGUGGGAAUUAUGUAUUUUAAUCAACUAUUUACACAUGCCAAAAAGGCAUUAUCCAUUGUUAGUUAGCACAUAUAGCCAAAAGAGUACAUUGAGUUGUCGACGACAUAUAUCAGCCAGAAAAGUCGAUUUUUGUUGAGCUGUGACUGAGCACAUGCAACAUUGCAUUUAUUGUUGUUAUUUUUUCUGCAUUUUGUUGGCCCUGAGCUGCAACGCUAAAGUUGUGGAAACGAGGUAACAUCCCAGUCAAGCCAACCUUGCUCUUUAGACCUGCAGUCACCAUGCGUGUUUUAACAUGACCUUUUCUGUGGAGCACAGGACCUGUUCCACCAUGCACUCACACGAUGAGGGUCCCUGCCUGGAUUUUAUGCCAAGGAAAUUGUGUUUCAUGGCCGCAGUGACGCCACAACCAUCAAACAGUUCUGGAUACAUGUUGACUAUCAUUUGUUGUUUUUAAGAACUACAAGGGGGAGAUAUGACAUGUCCGGCUGAGGAAGACCCAACAGAACCUCCGUGCUCUUUUGAACUGAUGCCCUCACUGGAACUGGGUUCAAAUCAUGAAAAAAAAAAAAACAAUGACUUGACCAAGGGAUCACAAAUGGAUUCGACUCCUCAGCCACUGGACAAAUGUCAACGACCGGAGGUUGGACUAUGUUGAAAUGCUCUAAAAUGGCACCCCCAUCCCCCCUUUUAUUCAUCAUUAGUGGUCACUGAUCAUUGAAAGAAGUGGGUACAUCAUAGAAAUAUAGAAAUACAACAGGCCUCCCCAUUCACGUCAAUGAUGGCAUAAAAUCAUUCUCAUUUUAUUUCUAUGGAAUACAUCUCCACUUUGAAGCAAACCAUUGAAGAGUAUUGAGACACAGCUGUUCCCGUGCUCACUGACCUUUGCCUUCUGUGUCUUGACAGGGAGGGUGUUAAAAUGGCUUUUAUCUGGUCCUGAUUCCUAGGCCAAAAUUAGAAGGACCACAUGCCAAGCUGUCAGACUCUACAGUGUUGCAAAUGUUGACAGUUGUGGACAGUUUUUCUCAUUGUGUGUGUGUAUGAGUGUAUUUUGUGUUUUUGUGUGUGGGUGUGUACCAGUGUUUUAAGGCGCUUAACCCUCUGAGGCUGAGAAUUAUCAUGUUUGGACAAAAAAAAUAACUGCUGUCCACAGCCAGUGAUGUGGAUGAUGCGGUUUUCCUUUGUAGUUUGUUUCAUUUCAUUUUCUCUUCCUAUUGUGUUGCGAGGAUGCAAAUGUCACCUAUAAAAUUUAUAUU